CAUGUGGCUCGCAUUGUCCUCUUCAAAUCCCGACCUUGGACCUCUCUGUAUGGAGUAUACAGCUGUACGAUUAUUUUCUUAGUGGAUUAAUCAAAAAGUUGUAUGGAUUAACUGAAUUAUUCGUUAGACCCGAGACCCGGGGUGGGUAAAUAUUUUGAAUCGCGGGCCGCAUUGAGUUAAUAAAAUUGUCCUGGGGGGCCAUAUUUAACACACACACACACACACACUCUAUUUUAUGCUUAUAAUUUUCCUUGAUUUCUUUGUCAAAUUUUAUCUAUAAAAGUGUUCUAUCAGCUAUUUAAAGGAGCACUUUAAACACCAGACCCCAUCAAAAUAUGUUAUUUAAUUUUACAUUUUUUUUUGUUUUUUUUUUUUUGUUUUUUUUUUUACUAAAUAAGACAUCCGACUUACAAGUCAGGUUGCCAGUUUGUAUGUUCAAAGUUGAAAUACUUAGAAAGCAACUAGCGGGCCGGAUUCAAACGCUUGGUGGGCCGCAUGUGGCCCCCACGCCGUAGUUUGCCCACCCCUGGCCUAGACGGAAUCAAAUCAAAAUGAACCAAACCCAAACAGAUAAUGCUUUGCAACAUCUUAACAUGCAUCCUUUUGGAAAGGUGUAGAUUAAUUGAUUAAUUAAUUCAGCCUGCCUUUAUGCAUAGCCAUGUGCGUGCGUGUCUGUUUUCCUCGUCUCUUGCCUCCAAACAGGCAGGAAGAGAGUUCACUCUGUGCAUUUGGUUUCAGCACUUUGACACAUUUGUUCCGUAGAACAGCGUAAUGGGCGGAGGCGGGGCUGCGAGCAUACACACAGAGUGCAGUACAGUUGAUUGUAGUAGAAAUUAAAUUUUUUUUCAUUGUACUUUUCUUUUUUUUAAAAGUGCCAUCUCGUUCUUGUGGACACAAUCCUGUGUGUUUAAUUAAUCUGAUUAAUCGCUACAGCUUUUGUGGAGUUUGCAUGCAUGUAAUGUUUGGAGAUGUGAAUGUGGAUGGUUGGUUGUCUUUUUGUAUGCUGCCAUUGACCGACGACCAGCGCAGGUUGCACGCCCGCCUCUCAUCCAAAGUCAGCCGGGAUCGGCUUCAUCGCACCCGUGACCCUGAAGAGGUAAGCGUUUUGUUGGGGAGAAUACCCAAAAUAAGCUAAAUUAAAUGCUUGAGUGAACUUUGAGGAGCUUUACACCAGGGAACUUAUUCACAUGAAUAAUGUUUUUGCAUUUUAAUCAUGCAUGCAGUGCAAAUUUCUGUUGGAAAAAAAAAAAAACGUCAGUAGGCGUUUAUUCAACCGGUGGUGCAUCGGUCGGUACUUUCCACCUCAAGUUUCCCCCCCAAAGGCGCCACACCUUAAAAUGAAGUUUCUGCCAACACAUCAGAUCGAGUUAAUUUAUUUGUAGUCUCUCCCUAAACUCCUCCCUUGCUUUCUUUUUCUAAUGUAAACAAGACAAAAAAGAAAAAAAUGACAUAAAGUAGGUUAUCAGGAACAAGCUGUCAAUUAAAGCUUAAAUCCCAUACCCCAUUGAUACCUCUUUGGACAUGAUCACAGUGUGUUGUACUCGAAUGUGUUGCCAGAUGUUUAUAGCAAUGACUGUUAAUGGCUCCCCAAGCUGGACACAGACUAGUCCCAAGGUUCACUCAUUUUAUUCUUUGUUCUUUUUGAAAAGAUAUUUCUUUAAAAUGGUUGCUCUCUUUCUUUUUUUUUGUCCAGAAAUAAAACAGAGCUACUUUCAUUUCUAAACCAAAACAGAAAGUAAAAGUGUUAUUGUUGUCCCCGGCCUCAUGGCAUAGAAGCAGGUUGUGCAAGGACAUGAGGCAGGACAUGCUUUGUCGAGAAUUUGUUUUUUUUUUGUGGAAGACAUUAGAUAAAAAUAGCAAUUGCGGUACGGUACGUUUGGAGAACCGAGAACCGAGCCUGCCCGGUUCCAGGAUGCAGGAAACGGAUCGGGAUCCCUUUUUCGGUGACGACUACGGAUAUUUACCAGAGGAUUUGUCGGAGUACAUGAAUGACAAAUACCUGGAGACAACAGUCGACACAGGCAGCCUCUUUGGUGAUGAUCACCUGCUGAAUUUGGACGAAGAGGUCAACAACUUCAGUGCCACUCCUAUACCAGCUGAGCUACCCAAGCCUGACGGCAACUAUGAGGGGGAAAAAAUCAAACCAACCGCAAGGAAAAAUGGCCAAAAAAGACAGAGAGGCGCUGACACGGGAUUGGUGCAGAGUCCGGGAGACCCAAGACUUCUUUCCACGCCUCAAAGGAAUAUCUUUCCUCUCAAUCCCUCGCUCGCAUGUAUCACAUUCCCAAACACUACAGCUUAUCAGCUUAUCCACUCUGCUGCUCCCACGUACAUAUUAGUGCCUCCUUCACAACCGCCAUGUCAACAGAAGCAGCCACCCGUCUCCCAAGAGAUGGCUCCUAAUAACAGAGUUGAACAGUCUCCCAACAUGAUAAACAUUCCACAGAGCGUGAAGAAGUACAUUGAGUCCGCCAAAGCCCUCGUGAAUCAAACCUGUGAGGAGAUGGAGCCGGGGCUAAGUUUGACGUCUCAUUACGUGGACGCUCAACUGAUCCGACGGGAGAUCUUCCACUCACAGAAAAGGAAAAACAAAAGCAGCACGUGCAUUAGCAAACAAAUGGAUGCCACGGGAGAUAUUGAUCGGCAAAACAGAGUGCUGACAUUGAACCAGAUAUUUGAGAACUCCAAUGGAGAACCCAAGCGAUACAUUCUGUUGCUCGGCAAUGCAGGCAUGGGAAAAACCACCCUGAUCAGAAAGCUAUGCCACGAUUGGUCGAGGGACCGCUUACCGCAAUUUGACUUUCUAUUUUUACUAAACGGCAAAGCUACCACUUUAACGGAACCGUCCUACAGUCUUCAAACGCUUCUUCUCAACCUUUUCUCCUUUGUGCCUUCCGGCAUCGAGGCUAAGGAAGUGUACACUCAAAUCCUCGCAUCCCCUAAACGCGUACUCAUCAUUUUUGAUGGAUUCGAUGAACUUCGGGAUUACGAUGUUCUUUUUCAAGGCCCGGAAAAGGACUACGCUGUAUUGGAGAAAGAAAGUAAAGGCGUGUCCUGCACGGUUAGCCAACUGUUCUCCGUGAUCCUGCAAAGAACCGCUCUCAAAGGAUGCACCCUUCUGCUCUGUGCCAGACCACGAGGCACCGCCUCGCAAGUCGUGCAACGAUUGGAUAGUCUUUUGGAGAUUAGCGGCUUCACCAAUGUAAAUUACAUCCAGGAUUAUUUCCUCAAGUAUUUUUCUACACCUAAUGUUCGAAAAUAUGCUAGCAAGUGCUUAGAAGACUCUAGCUACCUCCGUGAACUUUGUUGGAAUCCCGGACUCUGUCGACUGGUGUGUUUGGUUUUGGAACACUCAAACAGUUCUGAGGACCUUCCGAGAACUUUAACAGAGCUCUGCCAUCAAGUGCUUUGUAUCAAAGUUCAAAGCGACAACUGGGGUUCGUGUACCCAAGCCAACGAUCAAAGACAAUCGUCAGACGAAGACCCGAUUCAAGUCCCAAACGGAGCAGAGGUGAGAAAAAGAAAAAGAACAAUGAAGAAAAAACAGUGCAAAAAACCAGUGAAGCGGAAAAGUGUUGGACUGGAGGAACGAGACAUGCUUUCGGAGUUGAGUUUUUUGGCCUACCAAGGAGUCAAGGCCAGCUCUUCAAUCCUCCCGACAGAAGUCAAUUUACGUUCACAACUAAAGACUUUCGGACUCAAGUGGGGACUUUUUCUUGCUUACCAAGUGACAACAAGACCAGCCCACUCAAGUCAUGAAACGGGAAGAGUCGUCGAAGGAGAAGACGCAAAACAAAGGAAAAAUCCCGAAAGUGUGGACACGGAAAACAAGGAUUCGAACGACAACAUCUUGUUUUGGGCCAACCCUUUCCUACAGUGUUACCUAGCAGGAGUCCAUAUGUCGCUUUCAAGAAAUUUCGAAUUCAAUCACUUCAUCCGGAACCUCCCCUUCCAGACGAGUCCGAAGGGACGUCGGCGUCUCCAAAUAGAAUCGCAAGAGCUAACUCAACGAUUCGUGGUCGGCAUCAUGUUCCUUCACAGAACGCAGCAUCACCGGCUUCAUCUGGACAUCCAACCCAAAAAGCGGGAUUUUGUCACCAACCAUCUCAAGAGGCUUUCUCUUGCCGCCCUGGCCCCAGGACAGGCCCUGGAGGCGUGCCACUAUCUUUUUGAGUCUGGAUUCACACACGGAAACAGGAGUAGUGAACAAUUGGUAAAAGAACCUGAAGAACUCACAUUUCACAGCGUUCCACUCACCCCACCGGACGUCUUUGUUGUGCAGAAGAUUCUUGAAAAGGCCGGACCUUUUUCUUUAGAUCUGCAGGACACUGGGAUACGGAUCUCAGGACUCAGGUCUCUAGUGAGUCUUGGCAUCUGCAGCACAUACAGGGCCUGCAUCGCUGAUGUCAUCGCCCUAUGGGAGCAGUUAGAGCAGAACCGCGAAAGGGGGCUCCUGAAAGACAUGGUCACCAAAUUCCAGAUCCACCCACUGAAAGUCAUGCAAGUGUGCCAAGUAGACCACUUGGCAAAACUUGUGAACAUCCACUUACACAGGAGGCUCUCGAACUGUCUCAAAGACUCUGACCCCAUCCUGGACCAGGGAGUUCCAGCCAUCAAGGGACUACGGAAACUAGAGUUUGAUCUUGGUCCAGAACUUUGGCCCCUGGCGGUCCCCAAGCUUUGGGAGUUUCUACCGGAUUUACGUGAUCUCCAGCACCUAGAUUUGGAGGGCAACAAGAUUGGAGACCAAGGAGCUGAGCAGCUGGCCGAUACGUUUGCCUCCCUCUCCUUUCUCGAGAUACUCAAUCUGUCGCAGAAUGAUAUAGGAGACAAGGGGGUGAGGAAACUGGUGACAACACUAAAGGAUCUACCUAAAUUGCACUGUUUAAUCCUGUAUAGCAAUGUGAUUUCCGACAGAGGAGCCUACAGCUUAUCUCUCGUCCUACCUCACAUGACUUCAUUGACGGACCUAGACGUGACGUACAACAAGCUGUCAGAUGUCGGCGCAGAGCGCUUGGCGGCAAGCCUGAGGAGCUGUAAACAAAUGAAGACUUUAAGGAUGUGGAACCAGUGCAUUCCAUACGGAGUAUUUGAGAGACUAAAGCAGCAGGACCCCAGGAUACUUUGGCAUUAAAGCGCUAUAGAAGCUCAGGUCCAUGCACCACCCUCUAUGCAUGCUUACAUUUCUCAUAAUAUAUAUAUAUAUAUUAGGGUGUUCAGCCCUUAUAUGGUGAUUUUUUUUCUUUCGAAAUUUGAAGCGGCUAAGUGCUGAAUCGGUUCCAUUUCGUAAAACCAUUAACUGAGCAAAAUAACAGCUUUUUUCACACACGCAUUCCCGUGCCUCACUAUACCCAGGUAUGUGAUAACAACAUUGUACCAGUACCAGGUGCCCACUGAAGGACGAAGUUGCAUGCACUGCCAGCCGAGCCCAGUCCAGUUUGCUGCCCCUAGGCGAAAGCUCCUAUAGUCCGCUGCCACAGGGGCGAGAAGCCGAUGCCUUUAUUUUCACAUUACACAUAGGUAGACACCAUUACACGCAGCCAAUGCCAUUACCCGGCGUGUCGACCAUCAACUUCAAGAAUAGGUUCUGAGACCGUUGUGUGACGAACAGACUUAACUUCAAGUCAGCUGUUUUUGGACCAGCCUUCAAGUUGAGGUUCACCCGACGGAGGUCCUUCUUUGUUGGCGGCACAGAUGCCAUGUUCUCCAGCAUCUCCUUCUUCUCGUCCGGCGACACCUUCUUGGAGAACAGGGCAAGACCAACGAGAUCCUCGCUCAGGUACCAUAAGUGGCCCUUUACUUUCUGCAUCGCCUUCCCCGCCACGUCAGCGUCGACCAGUUGACCAUAGGCUUCGAUUUCCUUCACCAGAAGCAGGUCGUUGAUCGGAGCAUCCGCGGCGUAGGGAGCCUCGAACCAGUGGCACACAUAGACAGAGACCAGGAAGGUACACAACCGCUGGAUGGCCUGUUCCUGGUGCUUGCUGAUGGCGAAGUUCGCUGCUUCCUUCAGCUGCCGUCGGAAGAGGCAUAUCUUCAGACAGUAAAGCCCCUUUGCCAUCCAGCGGGCUCGGUGGUAGGCUCCAGGUCGGCGGAAUGCCAUCUUGGGCUUCUUCCCCAAGUAGGCCAGUGUCAGGUUCAGCAGCUCCAGGUAGUCGUCCCUGGUUUCGGCCUUCUCCAUGUGAUUGAGGACAAACUGCUCGAUCUCGUUGGCUCUGUCCGAUAUCCAUUGAUGGGACCUCUGGUUAGAGUCAUCGUAGGAGGACUGGUCUAGCCUGCCCCAGAAGUCUUUGAAUCUCCCAAAGAUGGGAAUGUCUGGUCCAGACGAGGAGAAGAAGUGGUCAAACACCGCUGACAUUACCAACUCUGCCAUGUGAUGACGGCAUGCCAGGAAGAGGAGUCGGGAUCCAAGAGCUCGCUCCACUACAGCACAAGCGCCACCGUGAACGCCUGUGUUGGCAGCUGUCGUAUCGAAGCAGAGUCCCGCCAGCCAAGGUUUGACUUGAGGCCAUUCUUCCAAAACCUUCAGGAUUGCUCCUCCCAUGGCCACGCCAGUCCCUGCCAGGAUGGAGGGGACGGACAAAAUCUUCUCCAGACCCAUUCCUGUCACCACAAUCGCCAAGCGAUCGCUUCGCCCACCCUCAGGAUCCGGGAUGUGGUGAGGCACGGGAUAGGGAUGUCGCGGGAGAAAUUGCAAACUGCGGUGCAAUACUCUCGGGUAGUAGAGCUGAAUCAAAACUCAGCACAACGAAUAUCACAAACUUUUAUUUUUCUGAACACCCUAAUAUAUAUAUAUAUAUAUAUAUAUAUAUAUACAGUAUGUGCAGGCCACAUACAGUAUUUGCACUAUUCUUGUUUGACACUCAAGAAAUAACAAAGGAAUGACUUGAAAGCACUACAAUACUGCAAUACUGUAUUACAGUAUUGUUUUAUGUGUGUGUCAGUUUUGUAUAUUGUCAACAUAUUUAUGUCACUUCACUAAUCUCGUCUGUUUUUUGUUCUAUUAAAAACCUGUGACUUCCUCCGCAACGGGUUUCUCUUCUCCUUAGCGGCUCCUAUGAAAAUUAUGUCCACGUCAACUGUUACUCUUCAGUGCAACACCCCAUGAUGUCCCCGCUUUAAAGUGCGGCUCGGGUGACGGACAUAAAGCAGCGGUGCAGCGUCCGGUGCUGGUAGAAUGAGUCUUCUUCAAGGGACGGAAGCCCAACAGGUUCUCUUUGGUUUGUUUUCAACCGAGACAACCUGUCAUGUAAAAAAAAAAAAAAAAAAGUUAGUGAUAAUAAUUACAUGUAAUACAUAAUUGAUGUGGGCGGCACGGUGGUCGAGUGGUUAGCACGCAGACCUCACAGCUAGGAGACCAGGAGGAGUGUAAAGGUGACUAUAGGGAUGCUAUUUCAUGUCUAGAGGGCUCUAAUGUUAAAAAGUCUAUUUGGAAGGUCAUAAACGUUAACGUGCAGGCCUCACAGCUAGGAGACCCGAGUUCAAUUCCACCCCCGGCCAUCUCUGUGUGGCGUUUGCAUGUUCUCCCCGUGCAUGCGUGGGUUUUUUUCCGGGUACUCCGGUUUCCUCCCACAUUCCAAAAACAUGCUAGGUUAAUUAGCGACUCCAAAUUGUCCAUAGGUAUGAAUGUGAGUGUGAAUGGUUGUUUGUCUAUAUGUGCCCUGUGAUUGGCUGGCCACCAGUCCAGGGUGUACCCCGACUCUCGCCCGAAGAAGACAGCUGGGAUAGGCUCCAGCACCCUCCACGACUCUCGUGAGGAUAAGCGUUAGAAAAUGAAUGAAUGAGUUCUCCUAUUUUGUGUGGAAGUGGUAACUUUUUGGCUUCUUAUUUUGUCUUAUUUUGUCUUUCCCCACCCUCGGUCAUCUCAUGGACGACUGUCUGCAUGGCGGUCGAGUGGUUAGCGUGCAGACCUCACAGCUAGGAGACCAGGGUUCAAUUCCACCCUCGGCCAUCUCUGUGUGGAGUUUGCAUGUUCUCCCCGUGCAUGCGUGGGUUUUCUCCGGGUACUCCGGUUUCCUCCCACAUUCCAAAAACAUGCUAGGUUAAUUAGCGACUCCAAAUUGUCCAUAGGUAUGAAUGUGAGUGUGAAUGGUUGUUUGCCUAUAUGUGCCCUGUGAUUGGCUGGCCACCAGUCCAGGGUGUACCCCGCCUCUUGCCCGAAGACAGCUGGGAUAGGUUCCAGCACCCCCCAUGAGGAUAAGCAGUAGAAAAUGAAUGAAUGAAUGAAUGAGUUCUCCUCCUAUUUUGUGUGGAAGUGGUAACUUUUUGGCUUCUUAUUUUGUCUUUCCCCACCCUCGGUCAUCUCUGUGUGGAGUUUGCAUGUUCUUCCCGUGCAUGUGUGGGUUUUCUCCGGGUACUCCGGUUUCCUCCCACAUUCCAAAAACAUGCUAGGUUAAUUAGCGACUCCAAAUUGUGUUUUGUGAGUCUGGAACUAAUUAACCACGAUAAAUGAAAGUGUUAAUUGUAUACUAAGUUUUAUGGAAAGACUUGUCCACUUUAAAGGAUAUUGCAUAAAACAACAAUUGUUUUCUGACAUAAAUAAGAAACCAAGCCAAUUAUUUUAUGCAUAAAAAUAUUUAAAAACAUAAUUAUUCUGCAU